UGCUAGUAACGUAGUACCCACAUUGCAACGAUGCUCCUCCAGCACUCUUUGCCGCCGCAGCGGCGUCAUGCUUCGUUCAGGACCUCGCCUCAAUCGGUCAGCGCUCGGAUUAAGCAUGUACUAAGGUCAACGAGCCCAGCUGUGGAGGCUGAGCCCGCGGAGACGAAAGCCGAAAAGCCAAAGAAGCAAAAAGGCGAGAAGCAGCCCCAGCAGAAGGGCGGCAAGCCGGCUCAGAGUGCGUCCUCACCGGAGGAGGUCCGCGCAGUUCGCCUGCAAAAGGUGGAGGAGCUGCGCGGUCAGGGCCAGGAGCCGUAUGCGUACCGCUUUGACCGGACCCACUUCACCACGGAGCUGCAGGAGCAAUUUGCGGCGCUGGAGAACGGUGCGCAUGACGAGAGCGGCGCAGUGGUGUCCGUCGCGGGCCGGGUCGUGGCCAAGCGCGUUAUGGGAAAGCUGUCUUUCCUGAGCUUGCGCGAUGACAAAGGCCAAAUCCAGCUGUACGUGGAGAAGGCGGGCCUGGAUGCGCAACAGCCGGGGGGGUUUGACCUGGUCAAAGGCCUGGUUGACGUGGGCGACAUCGUGGGCUGCACCGGCGGCCUCAAGCGCACAGACAAGGGGGAGCUGAGCGUAGUGGCCACGGGGCUGCAGGUUCUGACCAAGUCGCUUCAGCCGCUGCCGGACAAGUGGCACGGGCUGGCGGACGUGGAGAAGCGGUACCGGCAGAGGUACCUGGACAUGAUCAUGGCGGCAGAGGUGCGCGACACGUUCCGUGCCCGCUCCAAGAUCAUCUCGUGCAUUCGCCGCCAGCUGGAGGACCGGGGCUUCCUGGAGGUGGAGACGCCGGUGCUGGAGUCAGUUGCGGGCGGCGCCGACGCGCGGCCGUUCCGCACCUUCCACAACACUCUGCGGCGCGACUUCACUCUGCGCAUCGCCACGGAGCUGCACCUCAAGCGCCUGGUGGUGGGCGGCUUCGAGCGCGUGUUCGAGCUGGGCCGCAUCUUCCGCAACGAGGGUGUGUCCAGCCGCCACAACCCCGAGUUCACGUCGGUGGAGAUCUACCAGGCCUAUGCGGACUACAGUGAUAUGAUGGCGCUGACCGAGGACCUGGUGCGCGCCUGUGCGCUGGCGGUCAAGGGGAGCACGCAGAUCAGCUACCAGGGAGUGGACAUCGACUUCGGGGCGCCCUUCCGCCGCGCCUCCAUGGCUCAGCUGGUGCAGGAGGCGGCGCCGGGGCUGGACUUUGAGGCGCUCAUGGCGGCGGGGCGCGAGGCGGCGGCGGCGGGCGGGCCGGAGGCGGCGGCGGCGGUGCUAGCCAAGGCCAAGCAGGACGCAGAGGCGGUGCUGCAGGCGCACGAGAACAAGGAAGUGCGCAAGUCGCUAAAUAAGGUUCGCUCCGCGCCCUCUCUGGGCCACCUGUUGAACGAGAUGUUUGAGGCGCUGGCCGAGGCCGGGCUGAUGCAGCCCACCUUCGUCACGGAGCACCCGGUGGAGAUCUCGCCGCUGGCCAAGCCGCACAGGUCCAAGCCCGGCGUCACCGAGCGCUUCGAGCUGUUCAUCUACGGCCGCGAGCACGCCAACGCCUUUAGCGAGCUGACGGACGCGGUGGAGCAGCGCGUGCGCUUCGAGGAGCAGGUGGCGCGGCACAACCGGGCCUUCGAGGAGCGGAAGCAGGCGCGCGCGGAGGCUGGCGAGGGCUCUGACGCGGAGGAGGCGGAGGAGGACUACGAGGUGGCGGUGGACUACGACUUCAUUGCGGCGCUGGAGCACGGCCUGCCGCCCACCGGCGGCCUGGGCAUCGGCGUGGAUCGGCUGGUGAUGAUGCUGACGGACAGCCCCUCCAUCCGCGACGUGAUCGCAUUCCCGCUCAUGAAGUAGAGCGGGUUGGUGGCGGGGUGGGGGGAGGGGUGGGGGGAGGGGUUGGGGGGAGGGGUUGGGGGGAGGGGUUGGGGGGAGGGGUUGGGGGGAGGGUGGGGGGAGGUGUGGUGAAAGGGAGAUGGGGGGGAGGUGUGAGGUGCUAGGCCGGGUGGCUGCGCGGCUAGGUAGGUAGGGGCAUGUCGGUGGCUGCAGCUUGGGUGGCUGGCGGCCAUUGGAUGAGUCGGAUGGGGUGGGGUUUGGAACAAGGUGCAUAUGCGCGUGAGCGAUGGUCGGUGGGGCCGUGGCACUUGCGGUGCGGUGCUUGUGGCCUCUGCGUGGUCGUGAGGUGUUAGACUGGCGCUGGCAUGAGCCAAUCAGGCGGGGCGCAUGCGUGCGUUCCCUGCAGGUUUGGAGGGUAAUCGACAGGCACAACUUCCCAGGCUGUCAGAGGACGGAAGAAUGCGAGACUGGCAGGAGAGUUCCAGGGAAUACCAGGCAGCGUGGGGGCAGCUGCCUCCUUGGCUGCCUCCCCUGGUCAGGCCGAGCAGCGCGGGGGCGGCGGGGCCAGCUCCGUAGCUACACAUAAGUGGCGGUCCCUGCUCGUCCGCCACUGUGCGUGGCCCGGGGAGCUUCAACCCUCUCAUUUCACGGCGUCGGUUGCUUGGCAGGAAAUGCUGUCGCACCCGCGGGGGUCAAUCAAAGCAUAAAACCGUUGGAGGGGCGUGGCGGCGUGGCGCGCCCCCGAAGAGCAGGAGUGCCGGGGGCGGAAGUGGCGGAUUGCAACAGCAUCGAACCUGCUAGUAGCUACCCACUGAACCGCAUGCACCUAUAUCGCUACUGGAUUGUGUGAUACGAUAGCGAGCACGAGAAAGGAUAAACGU